GGAAGCCCAUCGGCUUCACUUCUUAUCCUCCACCAUCCCCGUCCUUUUUCUCAGACCGGUCGCCUCCUCUCCCGCCGCUCACCGCCGCCACAACCAUUUCUCUCUCUUCUCUCCUUCACCGAAAUCCUAUGUUCCUUUCACUCGCUCCUUCAGCCUCACUGCUGUUGCCUCCCGUCGGCUGUCCACUGCCGCCGAUUUUCAAGUAGUUUUAGAUGCCACUCUUUUUCUCCUUCGCCUUCUUCUUCUUAUCCGCAGCCGCAUCAGCGGAGUCCCUUCCUCUGGAUGAAAAUAAUGGGGGCGGGCCUUCUGGCCGUUCCGGAGCAUUGCUUUCUUCGACGGUGGCACCGGACGCUACGCAGAAGGAGAAAAUCGACGUGAAUCCUCCGAAAGGAACCCGAGAUUUUCAGCCAGAGGAGAUGCGCAUUCGAAAUUGGCUUUUUCUCAAUUUCAGAGAGGUCUCGCAAUUGUUUUUGGUUUUGAAGAGAUUGAUUUUCCGGUUCUUGAGUCCGAGGCUUUGUUUAUUAGAAAAGCUGGCGAGGAGAUAAGGGAACAGCUUAAUCAACAAGGAAGGUGCUAUGACAAAAUCAACUAAAAAACUGGCAAGAGGGAAAGUUGCAGCUCCUUCCUAGAGAUCAUGUGGCUGGGGGCAAAUUGCAUCAGUUUUCACUUUCAGGUCAUGUUACUAAUUGCAGUAAAGUUUUAACUAGUAUACAUUUUGUAGCUAAUCCAUUGUACUGAUAUGUUUUUUUAGGUAGAGGUUUGCUGCAAUGGUGAAGUCUUAGUGAAGGGUUUGAAAGUGUUGACAUUUGGUGGGAUUUUGUAUGUUGUACUCUAUUUAUCCCAUGGUUAGCCAAGUUAAAGAGCUAGAUGCUAAGAAAUUUGUGAUGGAGGUGACUGACCAGAGUACGAAGAAUCAUCAAGACCCUAAACCUUGGCCUAGUCCUGGUGUCUCAGCCUUUGACUGGAGAUAACUACGCUUCUUGGAGCUAAGCAAUGUGGAUCGCACUAUUGAUAAAGAAUAAGCUGGGGUUUGCAAAUGGUUCAAUUUCUCAACCAUCAGUCUGCAAGGAGUGCAUCUACCUAAAAGUCAAAGAAGGAAUGAAAAAAUGCCCAGUUUGUCAGGUGGACUUGAGCUCUUUGUCACCUGAUGAAUAUCGAAGACCCGACGAGAAUUAUCGAGGGUUGAUUGCAACUAUUUUAGGCCAAGCUUCUAAAACUGGAGAAAAGAAAAAAACACAAUGUCUCUCGCCUGGACAUGCUGCUCACACAGAAGAGAAAGCACAUGGGAACCCUGAGUUGGCUGAACACUCUAUUCACCCCAAGAAUCAACAUCCAUAUUUUGGGGGAAAAAUAAAUGCCUAAUGGUGUCAUAUCAGAACAUGGUUCACGUUGGCAGUUGUGUCAUUCUUAAAGAGACUAGAUAGUAACUAAUGUGACUACUUGCAAGCAGGGAUGUUGAUGCACCAGCAUCAUCAAUUGAUCAAUGAAGUACCUCUAUGUGGAGAAGUUCAAUUUUUGCUUUCAUGCUCAAGAAUGCGAUCCCUUGCGUUUGGGUUUGGGUUUCGUUUUUGGUUUGAAAUUUGAACUUGCAAAUUAGUUCAUGUUACCUUGUCAUAGUUAUGAGAAUGUUUACUUGCAUUGUGGAAACUUCUAGUGUUGGUUGUGAUUGACU